UUACGUCCCACGACACGCUACACGUGAUACCUCAUUGAACUAGGGCGCGUCGCGACUCUCCGCUCCCCAUACACCGCACGCGUAACCUCCUCCUCACAACAUGUCUCUACCCUCAAAACGCGUCCUGACCGAAGAGCAGCGCGCGAGUGAGCCUGCCACAGCCAGCAAUGGCAUCGAUGCUGAGCUCGCCGCACGCCUGAGGAACACGGCCUCCCGGGUCAGAAAGAGUGUCACCGAAGGCUACGCUCCCUACGCGCUCGGCGCCUACAACGGCCCCCGCAUCGCCUCGAAACUCCCCUUCACCAGAUCAGCGUCAUUCCAGUCUGCAAACGACGCGCUCAGAGAGGCCUACGCGUCGCACACGCACAACGCGUCCUCGAAUGUGAAGCGCAAGCUCACCGCAGCGGAGGCGGACGAGGAUAUGCUCGAGGACGACGAUAUCGAUCUGGAGGGCGAGGCGACCGACCUACGUAUCCCCCUCACCUCGCGUACCCCCAUGAAUCAUUCCACCCGGCCCACGAAGCCUCUCCCAGGAGCCAGGCGGGGCGGCAUGCGUUCCCUGUCCGAAGGCACCCUGCCGCUGGGCGGGCGCACUAAUACCGCACUGAUCGCUCCUGGAAUGACCAUCGAUGAGGAAGACUGGAGCCAAGGAAGUUUCGCACCAUUGUCCGUCGAGAGGCCUCAAUGAAUCGCAGACAGCAGCUGGACGCUCACAUGAAUUCGCAUUGAUACCAUACCCUUCUCGCCAUCGACUUCUUCCCUCGCUCUCGUUCGGUCGCAUCGAAAAAACACGAAAAUGUCAUCUGCUGUGUUCUCGUCUCCAACAUUAAUACACUACAUAAGAUUUCGUAAAAUACAUGCAGGGAGCCCGGGACAUACUUGUUACGCUGUAAAUGAGCCAGCAAUCCGACAAAGCACAGGAAGCAUACACAGUGCACACCGCCGCGUCUAGUUCGCAAUCCGGAACAGAGCGUCUACGAGCGAGCAUCAUGGGCAGGCAAGGGCGUAAUAUGGAAGGGGAAG